UUCUAAUCCAUCGAGAAGCAGAGAGUGAUGACAGCAAUGACAGUGAUGACGGAUCUAAAGAUCAAAAGCAGAGAGACGAACCUGAAAAACGAGAAGAAGAAUCUGAGGAAAAACAUGAGGAUGACAUUGAAGAUGAGCCUGACAAACAAGAAGAAGAGUCGAAAAACGACUGCAAAGAAUCCAAAGGACACGUUGAAGAUAACAUUGAAGAUGAGCUUGACAAACAAGACGAAGAAUCAAAAAAGGACUUCGAAGAAUCUGAAAAGCAAGAUGAAGAUGGCAUGGACGAGGAAGCUGGGGAAGACGAGCAGUUUACCGCGAAUAAGGAUACAAACAAAGCACACGAAAAUCUCCCAGCAGCCUCAGGGCGAGAGUCUCCAAGAGCACCGCUGGCCUCGUUUGACGAUGAUAGCGACCUUGAUCAGUUCUACGAAGCGAUCGAUGGUAUAAAAGAAACGAGUGUGUAA